UAGUGGAGGUGGUAUCAGAGAAAGUGGGGAUCGUAUGGAAUACCCUGAUAUGGUAAAAAAAUUUAACAAAAAGAUAGAUAUCAAUUAUUAUCUAAAAAGCAUAGUUGGUCUUUGUGCCCGGUUUAUAAAUAAUAGUAAAUGUUUUGAACCACAACCCGAUUCCGAAUCCUUGAAAAAUAUUACAGAUUCAGAUGAACUCUGGAUAGCAAAGGAUACCUUGGCACAGAAAUCAGCUGAGAAAUGGAUAAAAAAAUAUAUCAAAGAUUUGCAAGAUGAUGCCACCACUCAUGCUGAAAAAAUAUGUUCUGGCAUUAGUGAAGCUGACAUGACUAGGCCUUCAGGCAUCUCUACGAGAUAUAAUGAUUACCUUAAUGCAUUAGAUAGGAUUGCGGGUUCUACUCGUUCGAAAUUAUCAGAUUUACUUUCAAAAUUGUCUAAGCUUAAUGUGAAUUAUAGAAAUGCGAUAUACGAAUUAAUUGUGCAGGCACAGAAAUACAAGCCCGAUAUUAUGAUUUUGGAAGAAUAUAUAUUUCGAUUUAAUCUGGAAUCAGAGUGUGAGGUAUUAAUAGAUUUCUGGAAUACAUGGUACAAGGUAAUUGGCCUUAAGAUUGCAUGUCUUCAAGCAUUAUCUAUUAUGCAGAACAGUACUAUAUUCUUACAAAGCAAAAAUAUUAACAUGGUUAAACGUACACGUAUGCGAUCUAAUACAGUUCCAUUAUCAUCAAAAGAUUAUAAAUUUAUUAUGCAAUAUCAUAAUGCAAAACUCAAAAUUGAGAUUUUAAAGGAAUUAAGAAAAAAAUACCCUAUGACGAAUGACCGUUUUUAUAGAAUUUGGAGAGGGCAAGAAGUUGAUAUGGUAGAAUGGUAUCAGCCUGUAUCAGAUCCAGUAGCAUCCCAAAAUCAGGAUUUAUCUAUACCUGAAUCGCACUUACCAGAUAUUAACCAAGCUAGUAUGGUUGAAAAUUCUAAUGGUCAGACUUCAGUUGCCAGUGGCAGAGCCACGAGUUUCCAACUCAAGGCACAUGUUAUCAAUGGGGUUGACACGGUCAAUAAACUAAUAAAAAAAGUAGGAGGAAAAGAUGACAUGUAUACUAUAAUCAAACGUGAAGCCAGAGAAGUAGAAGAAGCCGAACGCGA